GCGCCUCACGUUGCAUGGGUCCCCGGUUAUUGAUAAGACGAUCUACCCGCUGGGAUCCGUCCCAGUCCGCGUGGAGCUCGUGGCUUUAGACGCUGGAGACACGAGAGGCGCGUCGGGCCGUGGAAAAACAACCGCUCGCUCUCCAUCGCCGACAAAAAUAGAGAGCCGAGCCCACCCCUUCUACUUGACAACGCGACAUCAGCCAGGCAGAAAGACUCUCUUCUCAUCUCUCCAUCCUCCAUCCACCCUAACCUGCUGUGUUGGGGUAACCCCUGAUGAGUGGGACCUGUAUUCAUGAGCCCCGCGCCCCUUCCCCCUCCCUGUCAGGCUUCAGCACCCCUAUCUCAGAGCCCCCCUAUCGACGACUCGAUGGAGACACCCCUGCCUGCACCCCCGAAACGGACCUGACCCCCACACAGUGUGUCCUCCGCAACGUACUCUCUAUCGACACCGGCGGACCGGGGGCGCCAGGCGGCAGCAGCCCCACUCCCAGCGAUGGACCCUCGGCCCACUUUGACAACAGUGUGCUAAAACUGCAUGAACAUGAGGCCUGCCAGUGCGGCGGCAGCGGCGGGGCCGAGGCGGGCCUCAGCCCGGAGGCUGGCGCCGUGCGCAGCCAGUCGGAGAACAUUCGGCUACAAUCGGGAAGCGGAGGUUUUUUGGAGGGACUGUUUGGCUGUCUGAAGCCAGUCUGGACCAUGAUCGGAAAGGCCUACUCCACUGAACACAAGCAUAGUCAAGAAGGUCCGAGUAUAGAGUCCUGGGAAGUUCCUUUUGAGGAAAUCUCCGACCUGCAGUGGGUGGGCAGCGGGGCUCAGGGCGCCGUCUUCCUCGGCAAGUUCCACGGAGAGGACGUGGCGGUAAAGAAAGUGCGGGACAUCAAAGAGACCGAGAUCAAACACCUCCGCAAACUCAAGCACCCCAACAUCAUCACUUUCAAGGGCGUCUGCACACAGGCUCCUUGUUACUGCAUCCUGAUGGAAUAUUGCGCCCAAGGCCAGCUGUACGAGGUGCUGAGGGCAGGAAGGAAAAUUACCCCCUCCCUCCUGGUGGACUGGUCGAUGGGCAUCGCUGGCGGCAUGAACUACCUACACCUCCACAAAAUCAUUCACCGAGACCUCAAGUCCCCCAACAUGCUGAUCACACACGACGACCUGGUGAAGAUCUCUGACUUCGGAACGUCCAAAGAACUCAGUGACAAGAGCACCAAGAUGUCGUUUGCCGGAACGGUGGCCUGGAUGGCCCCCGAAGUGAUUCGCAACGAGCCGGUGUCAGAAAAAGUGGACAUCUGGUCGUUUGGCGUGGUGCUGUGGGAGAUGCUAACCGGAGAAAUCCCUUAUAAAGACGUGGACUCAUCUGCCAUCAUCUGGGGCGUGGGCAAUAACAGCCUUCAGCUGCCCGUACCUGAAAGCUGCCCAGAUGGCUUCAAGAUCCUCCUCAGACAGUGCUGGAAUUGUAAACCCAGAAACAGGCCUUCGUUCCGUCAGAUCCUUCUGCACCUGGAUAUCGCUUCGGCGGAUGUUCUCUCCACUCCACAAGAAACGUACUUCAAGUCUCAGGCUGAAUGGCGAGAAGAGGUGAAACAGCACUUUGAGAAGAUUAAAUCUGAGGGCACUUGUCUCCACCGACUCGAUGAAGAGUUGAUCAACCGCCGCAGAGAGGAGCUCAGGCAUGCGUUGGACAUCCGCGAGCACUACGAGAGGAAACUAGAGCGGGCAAACAACCUUUACAUGGAGCUCAGCGCCGUCAUGCUGCAGCUGGAGCUCAAAGAGAAGGAGUUGCAAAGGAGGGAGCAGUCUCUAGAUAAGAAGUAUCCAGGUUUGUUCAAACACUCCAGACAAAGCAGCUCGUCCAACUCCAUGGACAAACUCAUCAAGAAGAGAAACGUCCCGCAGAAACUGCCCUCGGGAAAGAGGCCAGACAUCCUGAAAUCCGAGGUAAUCAUUCCCAAAAUGGAUUCCUCAGUAAUGCAAGUCACUAUCCCAGCCUGCCCCAACAGAAGCUCCACCUCUCCCAGCCGGUCUCGGAGGGUAAAAACCCGCCACCGUAAGCCCGGGAAGGGAAGCAGCGGGGACUUGGCGGGACUGAAAGCCAAUCAGUCGUCCCCUAACAGAGACUCCACUGCCCAAGCUAACGGCUCCACGACCAACACCUCCAAGCAGCUGCUGGAGCCGUCCGCGGCCCUGCGGGGCCUCAGCCACGAGCAGCAGCAGCGGCAGCUCUCCUCCUCCAGCCCCGACCUCAUCUGCACCACCCUGGAGGCGGAGGGUCAGGGGAAAGGGGAGCCCUCGGUGGGGGGGCUGGAGAGGGGAGGCAGCCUCAGCGCCUCUGCCGGUUUAGGGGGCUCAGAGAGAGGAGUGGGCGGCCUGGACGACCUCACGGAGACUCCUCCGCGCAGUGACACUCCCAGCGAGGACGCCGCGUCCUUCCCGUUCUCCAGCAGCCCGGACUCGCCGUGCGGGAGGGGCGCGGCGGCGGGACGGGGGUCCCUGGGGUCCCCGCGCCUCCCCCUUGACGGAGAGGACAAAGACGAGGGGGCCGGUGCCGUCAGGUUGCCCCGGGGGGCGUCGGGAGGGAUCGGGAACCAGCACCUCACGCCGUCAGCCAUCCUCUACAGGGCAGCUAUCACACGCAAGCAGAGGCGUGGAGUGUCAUCAGAAGAGGAGGAGGGUGAAGUUGACAGUGAGGUUGAGUUGCCACGGAGACGACGUCCGACCAGCAUUACCAAGUGCCAGUCGGUGUCUACCUUCAGUUCGGAGAACCUGUCGGUGUCGGACGGCGAGGAGGGCCACACGACCGACCACUCCCACAGCGGCACGCCCGACGUGGUCAGCACCAACACCGACGACAGGCUGGACGACCGCAGCGACGACCUCCUCUCGCAGGGGUCGGAGAUCCCGGCGGACAACACCGAUCCUGCACAGGCGUCCGACGGGCUGUCGGAGAGAGAAGGAGCUCUGGGGCAGAGCAAAGCUCAGCUGGACGGCGGGCAGAAUUCUAAUGAGAGUCGGGCCUUGUGCGAUGAUUCUGACUGCGACAGCGCCGAGCUGGAUCAGUCAGGCAGCGGCGAGCCCAGCCGUCCCCCCAGCGCCGGAGCGUGGGCGCCGCCGUCUCAGCUCUAUCAGGGGUCUCCGCAGACGCCCCAAACAGGACCUCCGUAGUUCACAGGGACACAAGCAAAGACCUCCAGUGAACAACCAUCACAGGCGUCACACCAGUCCGUCAGUGCAGUACAUUACUGUUGUCAUGAGGGAUCGCACCUACUCCACCAGUCAGACUAUGACAAGUUGACUUAUGGUGUCUCUUAAGUUUGUUGGCUGGCAAACAAGCAUCAGAUGACAUAGGACAUUUGUCAUAACCUGAUAUUGGAUAUUUUGGCAGCUUGUCACAUCACAUUAUUGUCAGUUAAGUUUAGUAGGGGU